AUGCCCGCCAGCCUUCACGCCAGCCAUCAGGAGCACAACACGCCAGCCUUCAGCAUCACGCCACGCCAGCCUUCAGCAUCACGCCACGCCAGCCUUCAGCAUCACGCCACGCCAGCCUUCAGCAUCACGCCACGCCAGCCUUCAGCAGCACGCCACGCCAGCCUUCAGCAUCACGCCACGCCAGCCUUCAGCAACACGCCACGCCAGCCUUCAGCAACACGCCACGCCAGCCUUCAGCAACACGCCACGCCAGCCUUCAGCAGCACGCCACGCCAGCUUUCGGCAGCACGCCACGCCAGCUCUCAAGAGCACACCACGCCAGCCUUCAGCAUCACGCCACGCCAGCCUUCAGCAUCACGCCACGCCAGCCUUCGGCAUCACGCCACGCCAGCCUUCAGCAUCACGCCGCAGCCUUCAGCAUCACGCACGCCAGCCUUCAGCAUCACGCCACGCCAGCUUUCAGCAACACGCCACGCCAGCCUUCAGCAACACGCCACGCCAGCCUUCAGCAACACGCCACGCCAGCCUUCAUGA